AUGAAGUACUCUAUUAUCUUUACCUUCUUUUUUGUUAGCCUAUGUUAUGGUAAGUUAAAUUUAUUUUAAAAAUAGUUUUUAUAAACUUAAAAAAAAUUUUUUACGUUUUUUUCUUAUCAGUAAAAAAUUUUUUUUUCAUAAGACUAAUUUCAAGGCCAGGUAUGAAAAAAAUUAAAAAUCUGCCCUGUCCAGACAUAAAAAAUUAAUUUCAGCAAACGACCUCUCGCCAUGCAUCCAAAAGUGCCUGGAACCGAUGACCAAGAUCGAGAAGACCAUCUCUUAUAUCUAUCGAAACUAUGAGAAUGUCUGUGACAUUUUGGAAAAACAAGCCUUGUGUGCCCAAGACUGCUCUGCCACUGACCGUGCCAUCUUCUUCCAAUACACCACUUUCUACCGAAUUCAUUGUGUUGAUAUGGAGGAGGGUGAGGGUUUUAAACUUAAAAAUUUAAAUUUAAAUUUUUGAACUUUUUUAACUUUUAACUUGAUUCAAACUUUCUUGCUUUCAGAAUUGGAAGAACACAUGCCAUGCUUAAAAGAAGCUUCAUACAAAGCUGAUUUCGGUAAGUUUUUAAUUUUUAUAAGACUAGGACAGGGCAAGAACAAGACUAGUAUAGAGCACAAAUAAGACUAUGUUAGGGCGAGGAUUGGGAUAUGGUAAGGGAAGGUAAAGCUAGGCUAAGGUAAGGUGAGAAUAAUGUUAGGGUAAGUCAAGAAGAAAGCUCGGGUAGAGAAAGGUUCUGAUUAGGGUAACGCUAAAGAAAAGAUAGUUUUAAGGCUUUAGCAGGCCCACUAAGAAGAAGGCUUGGAGUAGGGAUUGCAAGUGGAUAAGGUAAUAUGGGGCUAAGAUAUGGUUAAGCAACUGUAAGGUAGGGAAGGGUAUAUUAUAAUAGGGUAGAGUAGAGUAGGGUAAGGUAGGGUAGGGUAAAGUAUGGUAGGGUAGGGUAGGGUAGGGUAGGAUAGGGUAGGGUAGGGUAGGGUAGGGUAGGGGUGGGGUAGGGUAGGGUAGGGUGGGGUAGGGUAGGGUAGGGUAGGGUAGGGUAGGGUAAGGUAGGGUAGGGUAGGGUAGGGUAGGGUAGGGUAGGGUAGGGUAGGGUAGGGUAGGGUAGGGUAGGGUAGGGUAGGGUAGGGUAGGGUAGGGUAGGGCAAGGUAGGGUAGGGUAGGGUAGGGUAAGGUAGGGUCGUAAAAAUCCUUUAGAAUUAACUUCUGACUUCAGUUUGCCGUGAUAAAUGUCAACACAAGCCUCAAAAGAACAUGAACAAGGAAGAGAAGCAAAAGAACAUCUGCAAGUAGGUCAUCCUUGCCAUGAUCACAACCUUUAUAUGCUGUUAUUCUAAGAACACAUCAUGUUAUUUACAAUAAAAAUCAAUUUCAGGACAGUAGAAUGCUCGACCAUGUGUUACUUCAAGCAAUUCUCAGAGUCAUGCCCUAAGGCUCAGAAUGUCAUGUUGGUGAGUCUUACCUAUAACUUUAACCUAAAAUACAAAAAACCUUAAAUACUAACUAUAUUUCUCAAACUCUUCAGAAGCUCAACGUCAGGAACGCUGAGGAGAUGCGUCGCUUGACCCAUGAAAAGCACGUUCAAGAUAUGAACGAGCAAUGUCGUCGUAUUCAUGAUGGUGAAUAUAUUCGAAGCCAGCUACUUGAAGCCAUCAAGCACGAAAAAGUGGCUAAGCUAGACAAGAUGGACAAGAAGACCAAGAAAGAAUGA